AUGUCGAAUAAAGUCGAUUUACAUCGUAAAUUAAAAGACAUUGGCUAUGAAAUUGGAGCAUUUGCUUCGAAGGAUACUCUAUCCAAUGUAAUACGCCUUCAUCAAUUGGCUGAAGAAGACAAAGGAGUCAAUGUAGCCAAACUAAGUGAUCAUGAACUUCGCAAGAGUUUAGUUGAGAAUGGUCUUGCAGUUGGGCCGGUGACAAGUCAUACACGAUCAAUCUAUCAACGGAAAUUACUUGAAGUUUUGACUAAUGAAACAACCGAAGGCCAAGAAGAUGUUACCGAAAUCGAAUUACCCAGUUCAACAACACCACCACCGCCACCACGCUCAACUCGUAAUUCGAUAAUUCGCGAAGAAAAUGGCCAUCCACCAUCUUCACCUGAUCGAUUACAUUUGCAUGAAUUUCAAGAACCACGCAUUCCACUAAAUCGUGUGGAGAUCGAUGACAACAAUGUUCGCAACAUCUCAUCGUAUUAUCCAAACAUCUCAACAACGAAAUCAAAAGUUGAAGAGACAAUCACUAAUUCUUAUUCCUCGCAACGUUCAUCGACCAAACCCGAACCACGAAAUAGCAACGUUUCUUACGGUUUACGUAAUCCUUAUGAUUUCCAAAACGAUGAACCAAUGAUCAUUCGUCACGAACACAAAGCAACACCAUUUCGAACAUCAAAUGUUUCUCCAAGCGAAACAUUUCCAACGAGUACCAGCCGAUUCUCUAAAUCAUCGGAUAUUCAAGCAAUUGCACGUAAUGAUUUUAAUGAAAUUCGCUCGAGAAUUUUUCCAAAUGCCAAUGAACAAAAAGAACUCAAAAGUAAUCCAGAUAUCACAACCAAAAAGCCUUCGUUUACACACGAUCCAGAAAUUAAGAAGCCAACAGUCAAUGGAAAAGUUGAUGUGGCAGUCAAAAAUGGUGGAUCAUACCUUUAUGCUGGUAUUACAGUUGGCGUCGCAUUGGUUGUCUUUGUGCUUUAUCUCUUCUUCGAAAAAUAA